AUGAUAUCUGGGUGCCCUUCGAGCAAUUCUCCUGUCAACGGUGUCUCCAGCACCUUGACAGAAACUUCCUACCUAAUGCUCUCAUUAGGAGAGGUAAAAGUUCACUCGAGGAAGGAGCACCCACACGUUAAAGUGAACUACGCUUGCAAACUAUGCAGGCAACAGCGUGGCCCAAAACUACAUGCUAUACAGGUGCACGCCGGCAAGUGUCGAGGGGAACAAGCCUUGGUGCAGCUUGACUUUCCUUGCGAGGAAUGUGGGGCGAGCUUCAGGUCUCAGCGGGGCCUCUCGAUACAUGAGGUCACGCAACACCCCGAGAGACGGAAUGUGGCCAGGGCAGAGGCUGCUCAGCAGCCGGAGAGACCACUUGCUCCACGGGCAGGCACUGUUUUCACUGAAAACGAAGUGCAGGUCAUGCUGGAGUGCGAGGUAACGUACUACGGUCACAAAUCCGUCGCCAAAAUGAUGAAGCCCCACCUGCCAGGGAAAUCGAAUGAGCAGAUUCGAAAUAAGAGGAGGCUCACCUCUUAUAAGACCGCAAGAGAUGAAAUCUUGGCAGCCCAUCUUGAUGCAGUCGGUGGGGCGCCUGAACCUGCUGAGCAGGAGCAAGUUGGCGAAAUCGAUGGUCGCCAGGACGAGCUUCCUCAAGCGGCUGAGGUGGAAGAGCGUGCUGCAUCUCCACCCGUAAUAGUCGUAGAGGAAGCGCAGAUAGAAAAUGUUGCUGAGGAGUUGGAGCAUGGGGAAACUCCGGAACCACAGCCAGAAAUCGAGUUAGAGACGAUCUCCAUCUCUGACGACGAGCCGGCCGUGGAGGAAAUCGCGUCUCCUCCAGCAACUCUUGAUGUCGAAGUCCAGCCAGCUCCGACGCAGGUAGCUCCCCUAGUCGAUGACUCGAUAGUGAUCGAAGAUGUCGUGGUCCCGCCAGCAGCAGGCGAGGAGCCGCAGAUCGAUGAGGUUGAAAGUGCCUGGCGGCAAAGGAUAGUCACCUCUGUCCUGAGCCGGGAGAUGCCAAGACAUGUUCGCUCCCUCCCUGUCGACACGGCGAUGGGUAUCCUGCGAGACGCACUUCUGCGGGCUAAAGAUGAGGCAGGCAAUCUCUCACAAGCUGAAAUUGACAUUGCCUACAGCGCGGUUAAGGACAUAGUCCAAACCGAAAAUGCAGAAGUGCCUGGACAACGCAGGAACCAGGAAGGAGGUAGAGGUAGGGGUCAGCGACGCCGUUACCUCUAUGCUCGGACCCAAGAUUUAUAUCAUGAAAACCCUGCCCUGGUUGCAAAGCACGUCCGCACAAACGUGGACUGGCUGGAGCAAAGUGGCGUCACUUGCCCAGAUGCGGACGUGCGGGAGCUGUACAACAGGCUGUGGGGACACAGACCUGACGUACAACUCCCUGACUUAGCAAAGAGAGACGGGGGACUAGGUAUACCGAGGUUACAGUGGCUACUAACCUCAGCAGCCCUGAAAGCCGGGUGCAAAUUCAUGCAAAACCCCGACCCGGCAAUGCAAGCUCCAGCUCUGGGCACUAUGUUGGAAGGUCGUCUCAAGCGCCUUGCCCGAGCUUCACGUAUUAACUGGCCUGUCACGGACCAGGACCUGAAGAGCUACGUCAAACAAAAAAGACGACAUUCACCGACAACUCUACUGCCAAUGCCUGGCUCUCAAAUCCUACGAUCUUGA